UUAGGGGUUUAAACACCCCCCGAAAUAGUAGGUACAAAAAAUAAAUUAUCUGACCUACAAAUGUAUUAUUAAUAGCAUUUCAAAAAAAUUGAGCUUAACAAAGCUUAUGCAUUGAUUAUGCAAAUCACGUGUAUGAUGAAAUCAAUGAGAUGCGUUGUGAUUCGGAGUUGAAAUUCAAAAGCUUGUAUGCAGCAGCAAAAGAAAUGGCGGACAAAAUGGAUAUUAAUUUAGCACCCCCGCGGAAUAUUGGAAUACAGAAGAACAGAGACAAUUAUGAAGGCGGUCCAGAGGAAUAUUUUCGUCGGUCCAUUUUUCAUCCUUUUUUCGACCACUUAUUAAUGCAGUUAAAAAUAAGAUUUCUUGAACACCGGGAACUAUUGUCGAAAAUUCAAAAUAUUCUUCCAACUAAGUGUUCUGAGCUGAAUACAAAAGAAAUCAGUGAAACGGUGAAUACUUUUGCAAAAGAAUGGCCAGAUGACAUCAAGGGAUCUACUGAUGAUUUUAUAGCUGAAAUGACCAUGUGGCACAGACAUUGUUUAAAUAUGUCAAAGGAUAAACAGCCUAGAACAUUUAUUGAGACUCUCAACAAUUGUAAUUCUGCAUUAUAUCCAUCAAUACACACAUUUUUGCAGAUUGGUGCAACUCUACCCGUUUCUGUGGCAACAAGUGAAUGGUCUUUUUCUUGUCUUCGAAGAUUAAAAACAUAUCUGCGCAACAAGACUGGUGAGGAGCGAUUAAAUGGAUUGAUGCUAUUAAACUUAUACAGAGACGUGGAAGUUACUUGUGAAGAGGUCAUUGACAUAAUGGCAAAAAAACCAAGACGCAUAGAUCUCGUUUUAUAAUGUAAAUUGACAAAUUGUAAUAAUUAGUUAUUAAUUAUUAUCUAUAAUAUUAUGU